UUAUAUUAUUUCUUUGUCUCUCUACGGUUUUUCCCUGAAGAAGAAAAUUUUCUGUUUCUGUCAAAGUUGAAUCGCUUUCUCUUUGUUUUUUCGUCGUCUACAAACUUGAUUCUUUCUCCGGAGCUUCGAGCUCUUUAAAUCUUCGCCGGAAUCCAACACCAGAUUCCGGCGCCGGAGCUCCGAUGAACAACACAGGUCAUGUCCAAGUAGUAUAUGAUCAUCUCCCGCGGAAAUACAUAUAGUUCCAGUUUCGGUUUUCCGUGGGGAAAGUUGUGCCCUUGUUCUUCCUUCUCGUACGGACAGGGAGAAUGUCAAAGGUAGUGUACGAAGGGUGGAUGGUGAGGUAUGGAAGGAGGAAGAUCGGACGGUCGUAUAUUCAUAUGAGGUACUUCGUUUUGGAGCCUCGUCUUAUGGCCUAUUACAAGAAGAAACCUCAGGAUUCUCAGGUUCCUAUCAAGACCAUGUUAAUUGAUGGCAACUGCAGAGUUGAAGAUCGAGGCUUGAAGACGCAUCAUGGUCAUAUGGUUUACGUGUUGUCUGUCUAUAACAAGAAAGAAAAGCACCAUAGAAUAACGAUGGCAGCGUUCAACAUCCAGGAAGCACUUAUGUGGAAGGAAAAAAUUGAGUCUGUUAUAGACCAGCAUCAAGAGUCUCAAGUUCUAAAUGGUCAGCAAUAUGUUGCAUUUGAAUAUAAGUCUGGAAUGGAUAAUGGAAGGACUGCUUCAUCUUCAGAUUAUGAAAGCCAAUUCAGUGCACCAGAAGAUGAAGAUGACUCUAGGCGUCGUUUAGUGAGAAGGACUACUAUUGGAAAUGGUCCCCCGCCAUCUGUACUUGACUGGACUAAGGAGUUUGAUGCAGAGUUGGCGAACCAGAAUUCUGAUAACCAAGCUUUCUCGAGAAAACACUGGCGUCUUCUUCAGUGCCAAAACGGUCUUCGGAUUUUUGAAGAGCUUCUUGAAGUUGAUUACCUUCCGAGAAGCUGCAGCAGGGCAAUGAAAGCUGUUGGAGUAGUGGAGGCAACAUGUGAGGAAGUAUUCGAACUUGUGAUGAGCAUGGAUGGCACUCGUUAUGAGUGGGACUGCAGCUUUCAGUAUGGUAGCUUAGUGGAAGAGGUGGAUGGUCACACAGCAGUGCUCUAUCGUAGACUUUUGCUCGACUGGUUUCCAAUGGUUGUGUGGCCUCGUGACCUCUGUUAUGUCCGCUAUUGGCGCCGUAAUGAUGAUGGGAGUUAUGUUGUGUUGUUCCGUUCUAGGGAGCAUGAUAACUGUGGUCCACAACCUGGCUGUGUCCGUGCUCAUCUUGAGAGUGGAGGAUAUAAUAUUGCCCCACUAAAGCCACGAAAUGGGAGGCCUAGAACACAGGUGCAACAUCUAAUACAAAUUGAUUUAAAAGGGUGGGGUGCAGGCUACCUUCCAGCAUUUCAACAACAUUGUCUUCUUCAAAUGCUGAAUAGUGUUGCUGGUUUGCGGGAAUGGUUUUCACAGACAGAUGAGAGAGGUGUUCAUACCCGGAUCCCUGUUAUGGUUAACAUGGCAUCAUCUUCCUUGAGCUUGAGUAAGAGUGGAAGGUCUCUGCAUCAGUCUGCCUUUUCUGUUGAUCAAACAAAUGCUGCCAACAGAAACUCUGUGCUCAUGGAUGAAGACUCUGAUGAUGAUGAUGAUGAGUUUCAGAUCGCUGAAUCAGAAAAAGAGGGUGAAACAAGUAAGAUAGAGACUGAUGUCAAGAAAACAGAAGAAGAACCUGCACACAAGAUUGAUCUGUCAUGCUUCUCGGGUAACCUAAAGCGGAAUGAAAAUGAAAAUGCUCGUAACUGCUGGAGGACUUCUGACGGGAACAACUUCAAAGUUCGUAGCAAGAACUUUUGUGAUGAUAAAAGAAAGAUUCCUGCUGGGAAGCAUCUUAUGGACCUCGUUGCUGUCGAUUGGUUCAAAGACAGUAAAAGAAUAGAUCAUGUGGCUAGACGUAAGGGCUGUGCAGCACAAGUUGCUGCAGAGAAAGGUCUAUUCUCAAUGGUUGUAAAUGUACAAGUUCCAGGGUCAACACACUACAGUAUGGUGUUUUAUUUCGUGACGAAAGAACUUGUACCCGGGUCCUUAUUGCAACGAUUUGUUGAUGGGGAUGAUGAGUUCCGGAAUAGUAGGCUAAAGCUUAUACCUUUAGUUCCUAAGGGGUCAUGGAUAGUAAGGCAAAGCGUGGGAAGCACUCCAUGUCUCCUAGGGAAAGCAGUGGACUGCAACUACAUUCGUGGCCCGACAUACUUAGAAAUUGAUGUGGAUAUUGGUUCAUCAACUGUUGCAAAUGGAGUGUUGGGACUCGUCAUUGGUGUAAUCACAUCGUUGGUUGUCGAAAUGGCUUUCCUUGUACAGUUUGGUUUUGGCAGGCAAAUGCACCGGAAGAAUUGCCAGAGAGGCUUAUAGGUGCGGUUCGGGUUUCGCAUAUAGAACUCUCUUCAGCUAUAGUUCCAAAUCUGGAGUCAGGUUAAUAAUAUAGUGUAUGACUCCUUAACACCUCCCUUAGAAAUUACUAUCAAACUUCAUAUAUGUUCUGUCAUAUCAAAGUGUUUUGGUGGCUCUUUGGAAAUGUUCACUGUUGUAAUUUCAUUUCAUGGUGAAAAAUAUAUAUGUCUGUUAUAUAUCCUC